CACCUUGGCUUGAUCUCCAAGUAACAUUUUAAAACCAUAACAACGACUCCAACUGGAUACAAAAAUUUGGUUUCAAGUCCAAAUUUUAACCACCAACGAAUUUUCACCAGGGUCCUCCCCCUCGCUGCACUCUGGCUGGGAACCACCCAACUCAUCAAUCCACCCAGAGCCGCAGCAAGUAAUUAAGUUAAACUUGAAAAACAUCCAAAACGUAUCAAUCUAUAAGGUGGACCCCUCUUCAUCGACGUCGUUGCAGACAUAAAAAGUCGCAAUAAAUUUUAGUCACCACGGCCGAGUCAAAAUCAUGUCGUCGAAGCCGUCAAAUAUCAUGAGCCCAACCACCUCGGAAGUGAACGCUUUGGAGAAAAAGGGUUACGUCAUUUCACGCAAGAUUGGUCAGGGGUCGUACGCCACCGUCCAUUUGGCCGAAUACAGCGAAGGGGGGCGGAGGGUCAAACUUGCAUGCAAGAUUUUCGACAAGGAGCGAGCACCCAAGGACUUUCUGGAAAAGUUCUUCCCCAGGGAGUUGGACAUUCUGACCCGCAUUGAGAAUCCUCACCUAAUCCAAGUCCACAGUAUUUUGCAACGAGGUCCACGCGUGUUCAUUUUCAUGAGGUUUGCAGAGAAUGGGGACAUGUUGGAUUUUAUACGACAAAAUGGCCUCGUUCCUGAACGUCAAUCUAAGAUUUGGUUUCGACAGCUAGUCCAAGGUCUGCAAUACUUACACUCGCUCAACGUAGCGCAUCGGGACUUGAAGUGCGAGAACAUUCUCCUUUCUCGCCACUGGAACGUCAAAAUUGCCGACUUUGGGUUCGCUCGUUUCUGCGUGGAUAAUGACGGGAAGCGAGUCCUGAGUCAAACCUACUGCGGGUCGGCAGCUUACGCAGCUCCGGAGGUGGUGAGUGGGACGCCCUACAAUCCAAAGUUGGCAGACGUGUGGUCCAUGGGGAUAAUCCUCUACAUCAUGGUCAACGCCACCAUGCCCUUUGACGAUUCCAACCUCAAGAAGCUGCUCAAAGACCAGUUGGCCCGGAAGUGGGACUUUCGUUCUCGAGUGAAAGAUGUUCUCACGCCCAGUCUGACCCAACUCGUCCGCUCGCUCCUCGAACCGGACAUCACGCAGCGGAUCACUCUUGACCGCGUCGCCACCCACGACUGGGUG